AAAGAAAGGAAGAUCGAGGGGAGUGGGGUGCCCCUUCCAGAGCUACCUACCCGCCGAACGCCCACUACAACGCUCUCACGGUCCCACGGACCUCGCAUUCGUCUAGCAGUGCCUCCUCGAGAACAGGUGCAUCUAUCCGUCUAGAUCAGUGCGGCGGCUCUUUUCGAACAAGGGUGGUGCGCGCGGUGGUGUCAUCGUCAAGGUCAAAGGUCGUCACCCUGGCAUGAGCCCUUCGCAGCAGGCGCCGGCCAUGGCCUCGCCACACAGCUCGUCCGGAAGCUCCAGCAGCAGCAGCAGCCCUCCACCCCCGCAAAUGACCCCCAACCCCCAGAGUGCGGCUUCACCCCCGCAGCGGAAACCGGUUUCAGAACACCGAAGAUGUAACAAACCAAUUAUGGAGAAAAAACGACGGCAGCGAAUAAAUAACUGCUUGGAGGAACUCAAGAGUCUCAUUCUGGACGCACUCAAGAAAGACCCUGCUCGCCACUCCAAACUGGAAAAAGCAGACAUUCUUGAGAUGACCGUCAAACAUUUGGAAUCUCUGCACCGACAGCAGUCGGCAAUGUCCGUGGCCGCCGACCCUGGCGUCCUCAACAAAUACCGCGCCGGCUUCAGCGAGUGCGCCUCCGAGGUGGACAAAUUCCUUGGAAAAAGUGACAGCCCGCAGCUGGACCCACACAUCAAACGGAGACUUCUGGCGCACCUUUCGAGCUGCCUGAACAACGUCACCGCCCUCGACAACAUGAUCAUGUCCCCUGGCAAACCCGCGGCUGAGGAAACCUCGCAGCCCCGAACUCUGCGAGUCCAAAUUCCAGCGUCGUCAAUGCAAAUUCCCCCUGGGGGGCAGCACGUGAUGCAUUUGGUACCGACUUGUCUGCCUAGUGGCGACAUCGCCUUCGUCAUUCCCAAGACCAUCCGCUCUCCUCCUAUCCAACAACUCAGCCCUCCACCCCUGGUUGAACAGCCGCAGUUCAGCCCUGCGGCCCCACCGGCCUCCUUCAGCCCUCCUCUCCCUCCACUGGAGAGUCCGAGGAGUUUGGCGGCGAGGACGGCAGUGGUGGCGCCUCUGUCAGUCGCUCUGGACCUAAGCAUUUCCAAUGUGCCUCUGAAGCAGGAGGAGGAUAAGUUGAUGGAGUGUGGUGUGAACGUGGAGCCGGAGGACGUGUGGAGACCGUGGUGAGGGCGAAUUCAACUUGGUGUACUUCUUCUUGUGCCAUCGCGAGGGUAAUCUUGAUGAACAGCCUUUUGUGUUGCUGGACAGGCGGUUAUUAUUUAGAACCGCGAAGAACAAUGCUUAUAAAUAUAUAAGAAGAGUGUCAUGUGAAAUGUAUAAAUUCAUCCGUGCCUUCGUUGAGAGUUGCGUUUUCUUGUUGUACAGAGCGCAACCAGCGUUUUUAUCUCGCGCAUGAAAUAUAUAGUAUAUUUUAUAUAAAUUAUGUCAUAUUGUAUUCUGUGAUGAUUGUGAAACACGCGCGCAAUAAAAAGAAAAUUAUAUACCAUUUAUUUUUCAAGAAUUUAACUGAGAUUUAU